AUGGCUUUGGUGCAACAGAAGUACUUCUUACAAGAUCCUGUGUUUUCUGAACACUCUGAAUUGGAAAAUCACACUAUAAGGACAGAGUUUAUCUUGUUGGGGCUGUCUAAUGAUCCACACAUAGAGUUAUUUUUUCUUUUCUUGUUCUUCCUCAUUUUUUUACUCACUAUCUUUGGAAAUAUUAUAAUUAUACUAGUGAUCAAGUCUGAAUUUUGCCUUCAGACCCCCAUGUUCUUCUUUCUCAGCCAUUUAGCUUUUGUUGACAUCUGCUAUUCCUCAGUCACUGUUCCCAAGAUGCUAGCAAAUUUUAUUACAAAACAGAAAACCAUUUCUUGGGAAGGAUGCAUUGCACAGAUUGCCUUCUUUUUCCAAAUUGCUUGCACUGAAGUCUUCAUCCUCUCAGCAAUGGGUUAUGACAGAUAUGUAGCUAUAUGUGACCCCUUGCAUUAUAGCAGAUACUUGACAAAAGAAAUAUGUAAUAAAAUGCUUAGUGGAGCUUGGCUGAUGGGUUUCUUUUAUUCUAUAGUGAAUGUAGUACCUUUGCAAAACCUUCAUUUUUGUGGCAACAAUAUAAUCAGACACUAUACUUGUGAACUUCCUUCCCUCUUGGCUUUAUCUUGUGCCAACACCUUCAUGAAUUAUAUUGUUCUUCUAUUAUCUGUAAUGGUUUUUGGUGUUAGUCCAUUUCUUAUAACCCUGGUCUCUUAUAUUUACAUUGUUUUAACUAUUCUGAAAAUUAAAUCAGCAGAAGGCAGGAAGAAAGCUUUUUCCACUUGCAGCUCCCAUCUCAUUGUUGUGGGCUUAUUUUAUAUUACAGCUUUUGUUCGCUAUAUGAAGCCAAGUUCAGAAUCACUUGUAGAACUGGACAAAGUGAUCUCUAUUCAGUAUAGAAUUUUAACUCCAAUGUUAAACCCAGUGAUAUAUAGUCUGAAAAACAAAGAGAUCAGAUCUGGUACAGAGAAAUUAUUUAGAAAGUGUAGGUCCAUUCCUUAA